CAGAACUGCCCUAUCGACCGCACCAGCCGCAACCGAUGCCAGCACUGCCGCCUACAGAAGUGCCUGGCACUGGGCAUGUCCCGAGACGGUGAGGCCACGCGGGCAGCCCCGGGGUUCCCUGGAGUCUCCCGGGCUCAGCCUGGCCUGCUAAGCCGCCCCGCUGCACGCCUCGUCUGCACAGCCGUGGGACUCUGCUCUCGGGGGUCCCUGCCUCCGAGCUCUGUGGAGUCUUGAGGCUCUGCCCCAACGAACCCCUCCCCAAGCGCCCAGCCCAGGGCCUCUUGUUCCGCGGGACGCGUUCUUCUCCCACUGCUCGCCUCUGACCCAGCGGCCAUCAAGUCCCACAUCUUUCCCUCCUGCUCCAGCACCCCAGUUCAGCUGCACCGUCCCCCUGUUCCCCGCUUCCCGUCCUAGGAUAGAGGCGGUGGCCAGGAAUGGGUCCCGAUGGCCCGAGCCACCAGAAGGCAGGGAGGCGGGGGGCUGUGUUCCCGUGCCUCGUUCGCCUUCCUCGCCGGUCCCCCCACGCCUCCCACCGCAGAAGGAGCUGGGGUGGGAGGAGGUGAUGAGGAAUCAGAAGGAGCCUGUCAGCACUUUUCAGUGCUCAAAAUAACAAAGCGAAAGGAAACAUGCAGGGGUACCAGGGGCAGGCGGGGCGAGGGGCUGUGCCCCCACACCUGGGAGGGGUGGCGGGGGGAGCAAAAGGCAGGAAAGAGAGCAGAAGAGGAUGUCAGAAGCAAGCCACGGAGCCUGGGUUGGGCUGUGGCAGGCGUGCUGACCCCAAUACAGCCCGAGGCCCCCUGCCCAGUGUCCCCAAGCCCCAAUCCGGGGAGGCCAGGAUCCACAGCCCAGGCCCUGGCUGGAAUUCUGCUGCCAUUCAAAGCUGGUUUGGAACUCAGAGAGCGCCCAGGAGACAGAAAGGGCGGCCGGACACAUUCUAAAGGGGACGAGACUGUCAAGUUCGGCCGCAUGUCCAAGAAGCAGAGGGACAGCCUGCACGCCGAGGUGCAGAAGCAACUACAGCAGCAGCAGCAGCUGCAGCUGCAACGGGAGCAAGCGGCCAAGACCGCUCCGACUGGGGGCCGUGGAGCCGACACCCUCACCUACAGCUUGGGGCUCCCUGACGGGCAGCUGCCCCUGGGGUCCUCUCCUGACCUGCCCGAGGCGUCCGCCUGUCCCCCUGGCCUCCUGAGGGCCUCAGGCUCCGGGCUGUCCUAUUCUCACACCUCGGCCAAAACAGAGCUCGGCGGGGCCCCCUGCCGCCUGGAGUACAGCCCGGAGCAGGGCAAGGCCGAGGGGGCCUGCAGCACGGGCAGCCAGCCUGCUCCUGGCAGGUGUGGACUUCAUUUUGGGGGACCCAGGCACCCCGGGCUUGGGGGACCAGGACAGGGCCCGGACAACUUCUGCAGCACCCCAGAGGCACCGUACGCCUCCCUGACAGAGAUUGAGCACCUGGUGCAGAACGUGUGCAAAUCCUACCGGGAGACCUGUCAGCUGCGGCUGGAGGAACUGCUGCGCCAGCGCGCCAACCUCUUCUCCCGGGAGGAGGUGAGCAGCUACCAGAGGAAGCACCGCACAGAUAAAGGAAGAAAUAAGCCAGUGUUGAGAGUUCAGAGCCUGCCCUGCGGCUCGUUAGGGAGGGCCCUACAGAAAGUGCAGGGGUGCCCUUCCCCGCAGUCCGAGUGGGAGAUGUGGGAACGCUGUGCCCACCGCCUCACCGAGGCCAUCCAGCACGUGGUGGAGUUUGCCAAGCGGCUCUCCGGCUUCAUGGAGCUCUGCCAGAACGACCAGAUCAUCCUACUGAAAGCAGGAGCCAUGGAAGUCGUGCUGGUUAGGAUGUGCCGCGCCUACAACGCCGACAACCACACAGUCUUUUUUGAAGGCAAAUACGGUGGCGUGGAGCUGUUCCGAGCCUUGGGCUGCGGCGAGCUGAUCGGCUCCAUCUUUGACUUCUCCCACUCCCUGAGCGCCCUGCGCCUUUCCGAGGACGAGAUUGCCCUGUACACGGCCCUUGUUCUCAUCAACGCCAACCGGCCAGGGCUCCAGGAGAAGAGGAAAGUGGAACAGCUGCAGUGCAGUCUGGAGCUGGCCUUUCACCAUCAUCUCUGCAAGACUCAUCGCCAAGGCGUCCUGGCACAGCUGCCGCCCAAGGGAAGACUGCGGAGCCUCUGCAGCCAGCACCUCGAGAAGCUGCAAGUCUUCCAGCACCUCCACCCCAUCGUGGUCCAAGCUGCUUUCCCGCCACUCUACAAGGAGCUCUUCAGCACUGAAAUCGAGUCCCCCGAGGGGCUGUCCCAGUGACCUGGAAGGGGAUGCUUUUUUUUUUUUUUUUUUUUUUGGUAUGCGGGUUGAACUCAGGCCCUUGUGCUUGGGG